AUGGCGGCUCUCGCGACAAAGCAGCAGUCGCUCAAAAUCUUUGAUAAGCUCAAGUCAAAGGCGGCAAACAAGGUUUGCUUCGACUGCGGCCAGAAGAACCCGACGUGGACGUCUGUCCCCUUCGGCAUCUACCUCUGCCUCGACUGCUCCUCCAACCACCGCAAUCUCGGUGUUCACAUCUCCUUUGUGCGAUCCACGAACCUCGACCAAUGGCAAUGGGAUCAGCUGCGCGUCAUGAAGGUUGGCGGUAAUGAGUCGGCCACCAAGUACUUCCAGCAGAAUGGAGGCACCGCCGCCCUCAACAGCAAGGACCCCAAGACAAAGUACCAGUCCAACGUCGCCUCCAAGUACAAGGAUGAACUGAAGCGCCGCGCCGCCAAGGACGCCAAGGAGUUCCCCGACGAAGUCAUUGUCGACGCCGAAGUCGACGCCACCUCGGCCGACGCCAGCGAGGCCGACGACGACUUCUUCUCUUCGUGGGACAAGCCUUCGAUCAAGCGCCCGACGCCGCCCAUCUCACGGACCGCCACCCCCCCGGUCACCGGCCGCACGCCCUCGCCCUUCCUCAACGCAAACGUCAGCAAGGACGGGUCGCGCUCAGCCUCGCCGCUAGCCUCUCCCUUGGGGACCAAGCCCCCGACCGAGUCCAAGCCCGUGACCGGCCGCAUCACCUCGUCGGCCGCCCUGCGCAAGACCGGAUCGUCGGCCGGCCCGCGCAAGGCCAACGUCCUGGGGGCCAAGAAGACGACGACCAAGCUGGGGGCCAAGAAGGUGACGGCCGACGUCAUCGACUUCGACGAGGCUGAGAGGAAGGCCAAGGAGGAGGCCGAGCGCAUCGCCAAGCUGGGAUACGACCCGGAUGCCGAGGACGAGCAGACGACGAGGGAGACCAAGGGCGCUGCAGCUACCCCGCUGUCCACGGCCACGCCCAUCAGCACGCCCACCCCGUCGAGCGCCGCCGCCAGCUCGCACACGCGCCAAAAGUCCAACAGCGAGGUGGAACGUCUGGGCAUGGGCUUCGGUCGUCUGGGUUUCGGCCAGGUCGGUGGCCCCAAGGGUGCUGCUGCCGCUCCUGCCGCCAAGAAGAAUGCCGGUGGUUUUGGAUCCGUGGGACCUGUCAAGUCAACUGAUGACGACUCCGACAACUUUGCCCGCUCCAAGUUUGGCGCGCAAAAGGGCAUCUCGUCAGACGAGUACUUCGGCCGCGGCAACUUCGACUCCAACGCCCAGAACGAGGCCAGGUCCCGGCUGCAGGGCUUUGACGGCGCCACGGCCAUCUCAUCCAACGCCUACUUCGGCCGCCCCGAGCAGGACGCCGACGAGGAUGACUACGGCGAUCUCGAGUCGGCGGCCAAGGAUUUCGUCCGCCAGUUUGGCAUCACGGCCGGCGACGACCUCGAGAACCUCGGCAACAUUGUCGGCGAGGGGGCUACUAGGCUUCAGGGGGCUAUCCGUGCUUACCUCGGU